AUGCAACAGGCCAGGUAUUUGGACUCGAAGUCAGGGAAAUUACGAAAGGGAUCCAGAGUUCCCGACUUUCAGCUGUACUACUUAUCGUUACACGAAAUACAAGUGCUACCACCGGUCUACACGUCUGCAUUGCGCUUGGAUCUGAAUCCAAUUAUCCCUGCAGAGCAGAUUCGAGCCAUUCGCUCGCGGUAUCAAUGUGACUGCAAGGGAUUUUGGACGUCUGGAUGGCUAUGUAGCCACGUUCUUGCUGCUAUGUUGCUGAUGAAAGAGUAUGACUUAAAGACAGCGGUACUCCAUCUCCCUACCCGAAAGAAGAGUGGUGGACAACGCAAGGUUCGCAACGCACUACAGGAAGAUGACACGGGCUACUUUGCAGUGUCGAAACUGGAGAAAGAUCUUGUGAAAAAGCCGCCAAUGCCCAUAGGAUGGAAUAUCACUAUGCUAAUGGAGUGCACAGGCGAGGGUGGUGCCAUAACCAGACGCAACGUGCCGGGGCAGAUUGAGGACUGGAUAGGUUGUGAAGGACCCAGAGGCGUCUUCAAGUGGACUGUUCGUUUUCGAAACGGACAAGAGAUGCAAUUUGAAGUUGACCAGCUCGCAGCAUUGAUCAACGCAGCAGAUCGCGAUGGCCUAAACGUCACUGGCAAGCUCUUUCACGAUUGACCACUGAGUCAGAUGACGUGACAUACCUCUUCUCACAAUGUGAGAGAGUCACAUGGCAUUACCAAUUGACAGCACAAGGAAAACCGACUACCCAUUUCAUUUGUAAUCGCAAUAAAAAGAACGCUAAGUAUUGGAAUGCAUCUCAC